UUUACGUAUGUAUUACUGAUUCUUUUAUAAUAUAUAAUGUGUAUUGUUUAUAUGUAAAGGAGUAGAAAUGGAUUUUGUUUAUAAGUGAUAUGAAUCGUGUUUUUCUAGCGUCAGAUUCCAUAUGGCUAAGAGUACGUUGAGAUGAAGGUUGAACAGCUAGUGUCGGAGUGUCACAUAGCUUCUUUGAAGCAGGAUAUCAUACCACCGGAUCCUAGGAUCCAUUGUAGAGUCGUGUCUUCAAAUGAGUUAACUGUGUCUUUAGGGUCACUGAUAUUCAUAAGUAAACCUAAGCACCUUAAAGUAAGAGGUGAUUUUAACGGAAAGGGUAAUGUUGUUUUGCCGCCAGAAGGGUAUAAGAGGGUACCUCCUUCGCAGUACCUGUCUAUAUCAAGCGAUGUUCUUUCAGCCAUAGGUUGUGAUACAGAACCCACAUCACCGCGUGAUGAAUAUAUACCGGAGAAUGAUUGGGACUUUGAGAACGUUACAUAUAAUAACAAUGUGAUCCUUAGAUGCGCGAUAAACACUGAUCAACGUCGAGUAUCGGAUGUUAUAGAGAUUAAACUUAAGCAUGGUGACUUCAUUUUCCAAUCAUGCUGUCUCCCAGAUUCACCCAAGCCCAGAACUAAACAUAGAAACACGUACAUGGGAGGCUCCAAUCGUAGACCGUUGAGCGGUGUUAAUUUUAUGCGUUGCAAAAUAUAUCGUAGACCCAAGUCAGUUCCAUGUUUCGCACUAAAGCGUCUUGUUAAGUAUAAGGUAAAGUCGUCUAAUCAAUCAUAUCAAAGAAAUAACGAACGUCUAUCGGCUGUUUAUAAAAAAUUAAUGAAAACUAUAGGAAUACAUAGAGGUGAUACGAUUCCAGAAUUUAUGGACUCCUUCGUGAAAAAAGCGUUGAAAAGGGAAUGCAAGCAUUGUAAGGAUGGGUCAAAGUCGUAUACCAGGAAAAUAGAGAUUCCUAUUAUAUUACAUAUCAAUACGUUAUUGAGAUUCAGAUUAACACCGGAAUGCAUUCCUAAUUGCGUUCUUAUAUUAUCGGCAGAAAUCUAUGUUGGUGGUGAAUUGUUUGCUACAUCUGCGACUGAAUUCAUAACCGGAACACAUAAAGUACAGAGUGAUAUGAUGAUGUUUAGUGAAGAAAAUAAGAUAGUCAUAUCACCGUUGAAUAGGUGCACUCCACUCUCUUGUUGUUGUAAAGUAAAAGAACGUAAAAUAUGUUCGACGCAUACACUACAAAUCCAAAAUGAACUUAAAAGCUUGGUUUAUUUCAUAUUUAAAUACAAUCCAUUCCUAACUUCGGCUAAAAUGGGUAAAUACAGGUAUCUUCUAUAUUUCUACUUGCAGAUGCUUACUUACUCCCGCAUGAAUGCUAUGAAUACAUGUCGAGAGGUGGAGUAUAUUGCACUUAUGACAGUGGGUAUUGUUGAUUUUACUGAACCAUUGGAGCAGGAAGACGAUGCUAUACUACAAUUUAGAAUGGCAUUAUCUGGAAAUACUGAAAUUUCGGACCAAUACGUAGGAAAUCAGAAUUCAGCCGACGCUAUUGAUCACUGGCCAAUAUGUGUCAACCUUAUUGCCGAUCAAAUAUUUGAGCAAGCUGAGAUUAGGACGGCAAAACUUGCUGUAAGAAGGGUUUCUACAAUAUUUAUGACAUCGGAUGAUCCUGUAGAUUCAUUGAAAGCAACUCAAUGUCACCUACCACAGAUGCCCAUACCUACCUUCGAAAUGCCAACUGAUCUUGAUGUUGAUGUAAAUGAAGAUUUUUUCCGGUAUGAUGAAAUAAUCUGCAAAACCAUGGUCCAUAAUAUUUCUGUAUACAGCGGUAUAUUUAUAACGUCCAAGGGCAGGGUGUUUUUACCGGAAUCACGUGAUGUAGCUUUUCUAAAAUCUAUGUUGUCUACACCACUCUACUGUGUAGGAGUAUGCCCUGAUAGGUUGGAUUCCUUAUCUGUUAAUACACCACUGGGAUCGGUAAGCUAUCGUAGUAUAAACAAACUUAUGUGGAGAUACACCCACAUAUUGGUGCAAUUCAGUGAUACUUUGCCGACAUUCCUUCGUUUCGUAGAUUGGCGCGAUCAAAAAGAAACUAUCUAUGCUCUAGAAGCUAUAUAUAGGUGGAAGUAUCCUACAUUGGGCACUAUGUUGGAGCUUUUGUCAAAGGACUUCUGCCCACCAAGGGCACCCGAAGCUAUACGAAUAUAUGCUACUGAGAGGAUAUUCAGAAAAUAUGGCAUCGAUGAUUUGGUUAGAGUAUUCCCACAAUUGAUUAAUGCAUACGGAUCAUGUUAUGUGAUGAAUCGGUUAAUAUCCUUGGGUUCCAAGCAACGUACAACUGCGAUAAUGUUAUACUGGGCAUUAGAGACUUGGCUACGUGAUAAUGAUAUAGGUUACAAAAAUCAAUUCUUAAGGGAGCUUAAAAAUGAAGAACAUGGAAACGAUAUUCUCGAAGGUAUCGAAGCGCAAAAACUAUUCCGAGAUUCGUUGCGUGCUUUAAUGAAGCCAUUGAAUGGUGAGACAAUAUCAUAUCGUAAAAAGGCUGAGAUUAUUGCAAAAUCGUUUUCUAGAAGCCAUACUGCUGACGCAUUUUAUGGAUUGGAUCCAUACGUUGGUGAUGAUGGAAGCACUUUAUUUAAUGCACAGAUACCAUUUUUCACUGAUCCUCGGUGGGAAAUAGAAUCUUUGAUAAAAGAUAAGUGUCGUGUCAUUAAAACUAGCAAAUGCCCUCUAAUUUUGAAAUUUGGAUUACUUAAUUUGGGAACGGAUACCACAAGGGAAGAUGGUAGUAUUUCGCAUAAUACUCCUACCGAGUGGAGGAAAUAUGAUACACCCAUGAGGAUGGAAAAGAGGGUGUUAUUCAAAUAUAAAGAUGACCUUCGGUUAGAUCAAUUGUGUCAGCAAAUUGCAAUGUUAUGUCGUACCCUGCUUGAGGGACACGGUGUUAAAUCAUACAUCUUUACGUAUAAGGUCGUGCCUACAAGCCAUAAUGAUGGGUUCCUGGAUAUUGUAGAUGAAACUAAGGCGUUGUCAGAUAUACUGAAUGAUUACGGGAGCAUUGGUGGAUAUGUAUUUGAAGACAACCCUUCUGCAUUCGAAGAGUUUUGCAGGCGUUUAAACUUUGUCGGUAGUUUGGCUGCUUACAGCGCAAUAACAUAUAUACUUGGUGUCGGAGAUAGGCAUAAUGACAACUUAAUCAUAUCCAGAAGUGGUCAUGUAAUACAUGUGGAUUAUGGAUACAUUCUAGGUGCUGACCCUAAGCCGUUACCAGCGGCACCAUUUAAGCUGUCCAAGGAGUUGCUGAAAUUUAUGGGAGGUUAUAAUUCAUUUUUAUAUAACAAGUUUAAAAUGCGUUUUUACCUUGUUUAUUCAGUUCUGCGUCACCAUGCUAAGCUUAUAAUUACGAUGUUAUACCUUUUGUUGGACUCUAAACUGCAUAAUGUGAACCUGGAUAAUAUAAUCAAGAUGGAAUCAAAAUUCUUUUUAAGUGCAAAUAGCAUUUCGACAACACGCAAAUACGCAAACAACUUGGUUGAGUCGUCUGCUAUUGCAGUAUCAUCUGCGUUAGCCGAAACGUGGCAUAGUUACGCAAUGUCUUGGAGAUAAACAUUACUAUAUAUAUAACACAUAACUUUGAC